GGUCAGUUUUGAGUGGGGUGAAAGUCGCGUGUUGGCCGCGUUUUAUGGUAGAAGAACUUGCUAUUUUACUUAGGCGUUGAUGGGUAUACAAGGCAAAAACAGCUUUAAUUUUAAACAAAAAUACUCUUGAAAUAACAACAAUAAUUGUAUUAAUUAUUAGAAAUAACCACAAAUUAAUCUUGUAAAACUAUGAAUAACUGACAAAUCCAAUAGUCGGGAAAUUUGAAAAAUGUGGAAGUUGAUGGUGUUACUUUACGGAGUCCUGGACUUACUUACGGAAACAGCUAACGGCCAAGUGAAUUUAGAGCGUCAUUUCUCAAGAUGCAAAGUAGACAAUGCAGGGUUUGAUGACUGUGUGAAGGAGGGACUGAACGAAUUAACUCCCUAUUUCGAAUCUGGACUGCCGGAAUACGGGGUCGAUCCAUUUGAUCCAUUUUAUGCCCAAGAAGUUUAUCAAAAAAUGAGCGGGCCGUUCUUCAGUUACAAGCUGAUUCUUCGGAAUGUUUCCGAAUCUGGUUGGACACAAUCGCAAGUUACAGGAUUAAGGAGUGAUUUUCCCAAAGACAUGAUCCAAAUAACGCAAUUCUUCCCCGAUAAACGGCUGAAAGGCAUCUAUGAGAUCGAUGGCACAUUUUUCGGGCAAAAAGUGAAGAAUUCCGGAUCCUGGAAUUUGGCGCUGUUCGACUACAUCCAGACUUUGAGCAUCAGCAGGAAACCACAAAGGGACUUAACAGGAAAAGAAAUGGCGCGGCCUCCCAUCAAGGUGAAAUGCAAUAUCAAAACUUGUAAGAAGCUGGAAUUACAUAUUGGAAAUUUAGCUGGUGGGAGAACUGUAUUAGAAAAUAUGUUAGAUUGGGUGAUCAACAACGCUUGGCAGCCUGGAUUCGUCGUAUUGGCUCCGCUGAUCAACGAUUUAGUUGGAACGGCUUUCUCUGAAAUUUUCAACAAAGAUUUCCAAUACUUUCCAUUUGAGAGUAUUUUCCACCAAUAGAUCAAUCAUCAUUUCUCUUGGAGUUUUAACUAGUCAAGGAUUGUACGAAAUUUUAUAUUUAGUUUUAGAGGUUUUCACUGAUUUUUUCCAAGUCUUCUUAAUAUAUUUUUUGUUGGUGUGGAUAGGUAUGUCAGAAUUCAACAGUACUAAUUCAAUUUUAAAAAACCUGCGGUGCAAAUAAACUUGUCCGAGCUUUGGUAGUCAUAGAAAUGGGUGUAGAACGAUGUCCCUAUUGGGCGCGAUUGUGCGAAGCUCGCAAACAAUGUUGACGACUGUAGACUAUUUGCACCACUGGUCAUGUUAAUUUUGUUUUUAGAAACAAGCACACUAUAAACAUAUGUUGAGCCCUAAUUGGGACAUCCUGUAUAUAUUUACGUAGAACUAAACGAAAAUAUAGCAAUAGCCAUUAAA